CCAGGUUGCCGCGAAGUUGCUCACCUUGAUGGAGACCAAGAAAACCAACUUGUGUGCAUCGGUGGACGUCAACACCACCGCCGAGUUUUUGACAUUGGUUGACCAGUUGGGACCGUACAUCUGUCUUGUCAAGACCCACAUCGACAUCAUCGACGACUUUUCGUUUGAGGCCACCAUCGAGCCGUUGUUGGCCUUGGCUGCUAAGCACAACUUCAUGAUCUUCGAAGACAGAAAGUUCGCAGACAUUGGCAACACCGUCAAGCACCAGUACUCUGGCGGGGUCUACAAAAUUGCCCAGUGGUCCGAUAUCACUAACGCCCACGGGAUUACCGGCGCGGGCAUCGUCCAGGGCUUGAAGCAGGCCGCCCAGGAAACCACUUCCGAGCCUAGAGGCUUGUUGAUGUUGGCUGAGUUGUCCUCAAAGGGCUCCUUGGCCUACGGGGAAUACACCGAAAAGACCAUCGAGAUUGCCAAGUCCGACAAGGAGUUCUGUAUUGGGUUUAUCGCCCAGAGAGAUAUGGGCGGUAGUGCUGAUGGUUUCGACUGGCUCGUUAUGACCCCGGGUGUCGGCUUGGACGACAAGGGUGACGCCUUGGGCCAGCAGUACAGACCGGUCGAUGAGGUCGUCUCCACUGGUACCGAUGUCAUUAUUGUGGGCAGAGGUUUGUUCGGCAAGGGUCGUGACCCUAAGGUCGAGGGUGAAAGAUACAGACAAGCUGGGUGGAACGCCUACUUGAAGAAGACUGGGCAGCUUUAGAAAUGUACGCUUAAGUAGGUUUCACGCAAAGUUGUAACGAAGAUGUGUAGGACAGAUAAGCCGUGUGUAGGAUCUUCAGUGUAAGUCGUGAACAGUGCGUGUAGGGGCUACCUUCUAUCGAGUGAUAAUAUAAAGUCAAUUCUGACACUCCUAGUCAAAAUACUACCUUCAGAAAAGGGAGUAGUGCCG